GGAAUUUUAAAUUGAAUUCUCUUGAAAUGGAGCGAAUUAAAUUGAAAAAUGAUUUUUACUCGGAUAGCUCGGACGUAGAUAUGGCCGGUGAAACCUCCGAAUCGAACUCAGCAAAUGACGAUGUAGUUAUAAUUGAAUCAGCUGUUCCGAAGAUGUCAUCACCUAAAAAUAGAAAAAGAACAGAACUGCAAAUUGAACGCCAAUUGAAGAAGGAAAAGUUAGAAUAUGAAAAGGUCAAAAAGAAAAUCCAACAAAAUGAAAUCAAAAGCAUGAAGCCAGGAGAAUGUCUGAAAUUGAUGCUAGUUCUGCUUGAUGAAAACCUUGUUAGUUUGAGUUGUGGCCAAUCAACUGUUAAAGUUCUGGACGAGAAUGAAAUCAAACAUGAAGUGCUACAGCAAAUAAUGCCUAACAUGAUAACGUUCUGGAGAACUGUUACAUCCACUUUUGAAAACGAUCAGAAAAAAUUUAUAACUGAAGAAAAAGAUGUUAUGCAAAAUCAAAUUCUGGUUUACAUUCCAACUGAGGAAUUCUCAUCAAUGAUUUCUUCGUUCAGUGCUAAAAAUGUCCCUUCCAACAACAGAAACAGAUCAGAGAGGAGCUUUGAAAAUUUCAUUCUUAGUUGUUUGGAACUGUUGGGAUCAAAUCAUUUCCUGACAUUUGUUGUUAUAGAUUGGGAAACUUACAAUAAGAAAGCAGGAAAAAAAUCGAUCAAUCAUUUAGUCAUGGAAGAGGCUCUAUUAAAUGUGCAGUUGAAAUACAACAUUCACGUCAAACUAGUCGAUUCAGCAAACGAGUUUGCCAGAUUGAUUUUCAAUUUCACAAAAGCCAUCGCCGAAUGUCCCUUCAAACGCAGCAGAUACGAGCAGUUGAACAGUUUGAACACCUUCAUAGAGGGCAAGAAGGGGUGCGUGAAGAUUGGCGCGGACGGCUCUGGAGUGGAACAGACGUGGAGGAUGAUGUUGAUGUCGUUUAAAAAUGUCAGUGCCAACGUCGCCAGUGCAAUCAUGAAACAGUACCCCAACCCUGUAUCUCUCAUGCUGGCAUACAAAUCAUGCAGAAGUGAGAAGGAGGGCCUGCAUUUGCUUGAGAACAUUCUGAUACGGCGAGGUGCUGGCGUGACUGCAACGACGAGGAAAGUUGGACCAGAGCUAUCAAGAAGAUUGUACGAAUAUCUCACAUCUGAUGACCCUAACAAAGUUAUCAGCUAGCCAGAAACCCAAUUUUUUAAUUUUUUACUGUUUUAUUUUUUUUAAAUUGAGUGAUUUUAUGUACAAUUUUUAAAAUAAAAAUCUUUCAACCCAAGUGCUGCAAUUUUUAUGGAUCGUUAUAUAUUUGCGUGCGUGUGCGGUGCGUGUAUACUACUACAUACAUUUGUUUCAACUUGAAUAAUGUCGACGUUAUGGAGAAAGUUUAAUUAAACGUAUAAUUUCAUUUGUUCUUGUAUGUCAUCCACUGACUGAACGCCGAAUUCUUCCUGUUGGACCAUCAUGUUGAAGAUAUCUUGCAACUGUUUCCUCUGUAUGGCGCGCUCCUCUUCCAUCUGCUCUCUCGUCAUCGUCGAUUCAAUUUUUUUUAGGGCGGCCUUGUGUUGAGUUUUCUUUAUUUCCCUCUGAAUGUGAUUACAGAAUUCCACUGGAUCCAGGCUUGAAUCAGCGUUGGUGGGGUCGUUUUCAUUAGUGCGUCCAUCUUCAUCUCUUUCAGAUGAUUCCUUGAUUGUCAGGGCACUGUCUGUUGGCCACGAAUUCUUCGCGUCCGUUGCUUCAGAAGCCACAGAGGAAUGUUUGUCGUUAUUGAUGCCACUAUUCUCGUAGAGCAGUUUACGUUUAUUGGAAAUAUACUUGUACAACACGCUGAUGAUGACCGUAAAAAUCGAAACAAAUAUCCCAACCAGCGUUACGUUUUCCAUAUUAUAUUCUAACUUGAGAUUAAGCAGGCUAACACUGUCCAGCUCGGCUGAGAUUUCGAUAGGAAUAUUAUAUUAAUAUUGGAGAAAGAAAUUAGUUGCUAUGGUGAAAUUUACAUUCCACCUGUCAUCGUUGUUAUUUUGAUGCGGCGAACGUAGGUACAAAACGUCAAACAAUCCAAUCUGACAUUAAUUAGCACGCAAUUGCAUUUGCAAUGGCAUUCGAU